AUGAGCCAACCGAGCCCAGAUCACCUGCUCAAGGUUAUCCAGCUCAACACUAUCAAUGCGUUCACAAGAAAUGCAACAGUUCUCGGCUUAGAGACCGACUGGCUCAUAUGCCACGCUAUUUCCCCAUUUGGUAAAGGAGUUGAGAGUUCAAAAGUCGGACGGCAGUUUGCGCCGUCGCAGUGCCCCGUCACCCUAGUACCGACAACGCUUCAGAUGAGCAUCGAACAUCAUCCGUGGGUCGACCUAUUCCCCUCACCCAGGAUGCGAGACAACUUCUUCACGGCCAUGAUUGGAAACUGGGACGAAGAAAAAGAAGAGCAGUUGUGGAACGAUCUCGUCGAAACUGGCGGUGACAUUGGGGGAACCGGCUUGAUAGUCUGGGGUGAUCCGUGGGACGCCCGAAGCUGGGAAGCAACAGUGCCGUUUCUGAGGAAAUGGGGAUGGAUUUUACAAGGCUGCCACGAUAUCCUUAGGGCGACAAACUACUGGCGACGUGGUAAUGGCUUCAUAGCCUCACACAUCCUCAAUAUCUUGCUUUCCCGCGGAUACGACGUCAUCACUUCUGUCCGCAACGAAAAGAAGGCGACUAAGCUGCGUGCCGCCCAUGAGAACCUCGAACCUGGCCGUCUCCAAAUUGAAAUAAUCUCCGAUGUAGCUGUCCCCGGAGCGUUCGACAAAGUCUUCCAGAUUCCUGGCACAAAGGCUGUAAUCCACGCAGCUUCGCCAUUCCACUUCAACUCUUCUGAUCCCCAGAAGGAGGUUAUUGAGCCUGCAUUGGGUGGGACUCUUUUACUUCUCGGUUCCGCCAAGGAGUUCGGUAAAGACGUUCAACGAGUAGUCAUCACCUCAUCCUUCGCCGCGAUCCUAGACAACGCGCGCAUGGAUGACCCGAACACAAUUUUCACCGAAUGGAGCUUGAACCCGGCCACGAUCGACCACAUCACCAUUUCCAAAGAUAUCGCCUAUCGCGUGAGCAAGAACCUCGCCGAGAAAGCCGCCUGGAACUUUGUCGCAUCGGAGAAGCCCCAGUACACUCUAAGCACCAUAGACCCGCCGCUCGUCUUCGGCCCGCUCACGCUCCCCCUGGAAUCUAUCAGCGAGAUCAACACAUCCAACUCCGCCGUCGUGGACCUCCUCGCCGGCAAGUGGCGCGAGAAUACCCCCGAGUCGACCGUGUUUGUCUGUGUCGACGUUCGUGAUGUUGCUCUCGCGCACAUUUUGGCCAUGGAAAAGGAGGAGGCUGCGAACCAGCGAUUCUUGACGAUUGGCAAUCGGUUCGGCAACCGAGAUAUUGUUGACAUUGUUCGAAGGAACUUCCCUGAGUACGCGGACAAGCUUCCAACGCCCGAUGUCAAGGGGGGUGAGCUUCCCAGCAAGGACGAGAUGCAUGGGUACGACAACAGCAAAACCACUAACAUAUUGGGCAUUAAAUGGAGGCCUCUUGAGACAAGCAUUGUUGACUUGGUGAAAUCACUGGCGGAGUACAAUAUCUAG